AAGAUGAGAAAAGUAGCAGGUGGGGGAGAGAUGCAGAGAGCCUCGUUUGGAAAUAGCUCACACUGACCGCAGCCAGAGCCAGAGAGCAGACCUAACCCCAUGCCCAGGGCUACCUGCCUGCACGGUGCGCGCAAGCAAGAUGAUGACCAUGAACAGCAAGCAGCAUUUCCCCAUGCACCCCGCGCUACACGAGCACAAAUACCCGGGGCUGCACUCCAGCUCGGAGGCGAUGCGCAGAGUCUGCCUGCCGGCCCCACAGCUCCAGGGCAAUAUAUUCGGAGGCUUUGAUGAGAGUCUGCUGGCCCGCGCUGAAGCUUUGGCGGCUGUUGACAUUGUCUCUCACGGAAAGAGCCAUCAUUUUAAGCCCGACGUGACCUACCAUACCAUGAGCAGUGUCCCCUGCACCUCUACCUCCUCCACAGUGCCCAUAUCUCACCCUUCAACUUUGACCUCCCAUCACCUCCAUCAAGGCUUGGAAGGAGAUCUCCUGGACCACAUCUCCUCAAGUCUGUCGGUGAGCGGGAUGGGAGCCCCGGAUCCACCCGUGAUGACAACUCAAACCCACCAGCAUCACCUUCAGACCAUGGGUCACCUUCACCAAGCCGUGAGCAUGGGUCAUCCGCACUCUCUGUCCGCGCCCAACGGGAUGGCUUGCAUCAACAGCGUAGAAUCAGACCCACGAGAGCUGGAAGCGUUUGCCGAACGGUUUAAACAAAGGCGAAUCAAGCUUGGCGUCACGCAGGCAGACGUUGGCUCUGCUCUCGCCAACCUGAAGAUACCCGGCGUGGGUUCGCUUAGUCAGAGCACCAUCUGCAGGUUCGAGUCCCUUACGCUGUCGCACAAUAACAUGAUUGCUCUCAAACCCGUCCUUCAAGCUUGGCUGGAGGAAGCCGAGGCGGAAUUUCGAGAGAAAAACAACAAGCCGGACUUUUUCAAUGGCAACGAAAGGAAGCGAAAACGUACUUCAAUCGCUGCGCCAGAAAAGCGCUCUUUGGAGGCGUAUUUUGCAAUCCAGCCGCGUCCUUCCUCGGAAAAAAUCGCCGCCAUCGCUGAGAAGCUGGAUCUGAAAAAGAACGUGGUUCGCGUUUGGUUUUGUAACCAAAGACAGAAACAAAAACGGAUGAAAUACUCAGCAGUGCACUAGUAGCCUAUACAAUAUCUGUUUACAUUUUCAAUAAUAUAGCAGGGAUUUACACAGGUCUUGUCUCUUUAUACAGGAUUUGAAAUGUACAGUACACUUUGGAUGGAUUAUUUAUUGAGACUUUGUUAAAAAUUGCUUAUCUUAUAGCACUUUUUCCACCAUUUAGCACAUAAAGGUACUUGUUUAACUUCAUCGUAAUAGCCUAUGUAUCGUAAAGCAAGGUAAACCACGUGUCACUUUGAAUAAGUUUGUUGUCUCCAUGUUCUUGAUUGUAUUUUCUCCGAACUGAAAUACUGUAUUGUAUUAUCAUAUUUAUAUUUCGUACUAUAUAAAUGUCCAUUUAAAUGUAUUUGACUAAUACAAUACCGUUCACUGUGCUACGGCGGAUGAAAUCGUUUUUAUGAAUUUCUGAAUCUUUCACGGAAAGAAAAAAAAAAGGCUGGUCCUGAAUCGAGUACACGGAGCGUCUUAAGAGUCUAAGUGCAUGUCUGGUCUGGCUGGAUCUGAUUAAGAAUUUCUGAUUCAGGACCAUGGACAGGUCACUUCAACUGUACGAUUACGACUCGAUGAAAAAGGCUAAGGCAUGUAGCCUACAUUAUUAAACGAUUCACACCGUGAUUAUAGUACAGAGGGGAAAAAAAAACUAUUGACUGCCCACUUCUGAGUGGAGUGAAGCUUUUUGGUAAACAGUAAAGCAUUUUAUAGAUUUUAAGCUAUAAUGCGACCAGGAUGACUGAGUUGCCUAUUAUAGAAAACUCAACAAGCGACACCGAAACUUUAAACACUUAGUUCACACAUAGUUUCACCCAUGUGUUAUGUUUUCGUUGAUGUACACUGGAUAAUACUAUGAAAGCACAAUGAAAAAAUGAA